AUGCUGGCGCUGGAGAUGGGCGGUAACAAUGCCCUGAUUGUUGAAGAUCCGGCGGACACUGAUGCGGCUGUCAACAUCACGUUGCAGUCAGCCUUUAUAACCGCCGAGGCUGGUGGAGGUGGCGGGGCGACUGCAACCCGCCGCCUGGAAUACUGA